GUGUGCGUGCAUGUGUGUGUGUGACUGUGUGUGUGUGUGUGCGUGACUGUGUGUGUGUGUGCGUGCGUGCAUGUGUGUGUGUGUGUAUCUCUGGUCUAUUUUUGACACUUUCAUGCCAACUGUAUACAAAUGUAACCCUAUGGUAGAUCUCAAAGUGUUGUGUGUGUGUGUGUCCAGGGCCCAAACACACAGUUCUUCGGUUUGUUGUGAAAUAUUUCCCCCCUGAUCAUUCUCUAAUUCUGGAGGAGCUGACCAGGUACUUGUUUGCGCUGCAGGUGAGACAGGAUCUGACCAGUGGACGUCUCACGUGUAGUGACUCCAGUGCUGCUCUUCUGGUGUCUCACAUCAUUCAGUCUGAGAUUGGUGAUUUUGAGGAAACUCAAUGCAGACAACAUCUUCUAAACACCAACUACAUCCCUGAUCAGAUGGCCCUGAUGGACAAAAUCAUGGAGUUCCACUGUAAACAUGUUGGUCAGACUCCAGCAGUGUCAGAUAAGCAUCUGUUGGAGGCGGCGUGCAGGUUGGAGAUGUACGGCACGCGACUUCACCCGGCUAAAGAUCGAGACGGGACGAGACUCAGUCUGGCUGUUGCACACAAUGGCGUCCUGGUGUUUCAGGGUCACACCAGGAUCAACAGCUUCAGCUGGUCAAAUGUUCGCAAGCUGAGUUUCAAGAGGAGAAGGUUUCUCAUCAAACCGAGAGCAGAUCCAAGCCAAAAUGUGAGUGCAGAGACGUUAGAGUUUCUGAUGGCCAGUCGGGACUGCUGUAAAAUGUUCUGGAAGAUCUGUGUGGAGUAUCACGCCUUCUUCAGACUCUACGAAGAGCCCAGACCCAAACCCAAACCGGUGCUGUUCAGUCGCGGCUCAUCCUUUAGAUUCAGCGGGCGGACACAGAAGCAGGUUAUAGAUCAUGUGAAGGAGAAGGAGUUUAGAAAACUGCCCUUUGAGAGGAAACACAGUAGAGUUCGGUACAACGUCAGCACAUCACCUUUACUUGCUGCCCUGCCAAAUCAAGCCGGGAAGCAGAGCCGGGAAGGAUCGUUUUUAGUAAGCUCAGAAGAUUCGGCUGUAUUGCGACCCUGCGGAAACUCGCCCCCCUCCACCCAGCACAACGGAUGCGGCGAUCAAACCUUCCACGUUCAGGAGGACAUCAGACGUCAGGCCGUGGAGCAAGCAGAGGUCACGCGUGCUCUGGUGACUUUAGUGAACGGUCACGCUGAAGACUGCAGAGCUGUGACCCCGUCACCCCUCAUCUCACCUCUGCUGAAUGACACCGCUGGCAAACACAUCCACGAGGACGAUGACAACAGGAGGCAGAUGUGUCCUGCAGAGGAAGCAUACUUCAUUACUAAAGAGCUGUUAAACACUGAGAGAACUUACCUGAAGGACCUGGAGCUCAUCACUGUGUGGUUUCAGGCAGUUUUGGAUAAGGAGGAGUGUGUUCAUGACUCUCUGAAGAAACUUCUGACCUCCACAUAUGAGCCUCUACACAAACAUCACACACGAUUCCUGCGAGAGCUCCACGAGACCAUUUCACUGUGGGAGGCGGGGUCACAUGAAGACGUUCAGUGUGCAGCAGACCUGCUGCUGAAGCUGAUGCGGGAUGUGAAGUCUCUCUCAGCUGAGCUGCAGAUGACAUCAGAGUGUGUGUGCGCGCUGGAGAAAGCGUGUGCUGCGUCUCACAGGAUGGAGUGUGUGUGUCGGGAGUUUGAGCUACAGAAGGUGUGUUACGUUCCACUUAACGUCUUUCUGCUGAGACCUGGACAUCGCCUGCUGCACUACACACAGAUCCUCGACUGACUCUGCAAACAUUAUCCAGAGACGCACGCACAUCACACACGCUGCACAGCUGCAUUGGCUGAGGUGUGUGAGUUGGAGGCGGAGCUUCAUUCUUCUCUGCUGGACAUUGAGAAUCAUCAGAAACUCUUGGAGCUUCAGAAGGAUGUGACUGGUGUUCAGAAGGUGUGCGUGUCUGGACGUCAGCUCAUCAGACUGGGCUGUCUCAGUAAACUCUCGGGGAAAGGACUUCAGCAACGCAUGUUCUUCCUGUUCGAUGACGUGCUCCUGUACAGCACUCGUGGGAUAACAUCAACCAAUCAAUUCUCAGUACACAAACAACUUCCUCUACGUGGAAUGACGAUCCGGGAGAGCGAGGACGAGUGGGGCGUCCCUCAUUCCUUCACACUGAUGGUUCAGCAGCAGUCACUGGUGGUCGCGGCAUGUUCAGAGUCAGAAAUGGAGAAAUGGAUGGAGGAUUUAAAGAUGGCAGUUGAUCUGGCGGAGGAAUCUGACCGACUGACUGCUGACUUGCUGAUGUCUCAUAAACACAUCAAAUCCUCUGGGGUUUCAGAAGUGGAGUCUGAGGAUGAUGUUGGCGAGUCACAAUCGUCUCUAGUACGUCAUGGCAACAGCUCGGCAAACACGCUUCACCGUGGCAACACUAUAGUACACGUGUGUUGGCAUCGCAACACCAGCGUUUCCAUGCUGGACUUUGGCAUAGCAUUAGAGAAUCAGCUCUCAGGGAAUCUGCUCAGAAAGUUUAAGAACAGCAACGGUUGGCAGAAACUCUGGGUGGUUUUCACCAAUUUUACUCUGUUCUUCUACAAAACACAUGAGGAUGAAUAUCCAUUGGCCAGUCUGCCAUUGUUGGGUUACUCGGUAACUAAAGCUGGCGAGUCAGAAAACAUUCAUAAAGAUCACGUCUUCAAACUGCAUUUCAAAUCUCACGUCUACUUCUUCAGAACUGAAAGCGAAUACUUUUUCCAAAGAUGGAUGACAGUGAUCAGAAGUGCUACAGUCUCUGCCAGCAGAACCCGCUAUCUGAACCGCACAGAACCAGACUAAACCACACAGAACCCUGUAUCUAAACCACACAGAACCCUGUAUCUAAACCACACAGAACCCUCCAUCUGAACCGCCCAGAACCAGACUAAACCACACAGAACCAGCUAUCUGAACCACACAGAACCAGACUAAACCACACAGAACCAGCUAUCUGAACCACACAGAACCAGACUAAACCACACAGAACCCUGUAACUAAACCACACAGAACCCUGUAUCUAAACCACACAGAACCCUCUAUCUGAACCGCACAGAACCAGACUAAACCACACAGAGCUCAGUAUCUGAACCAGCUAUCUGAACCACACAGAACCAGACUAAACCACACAGAACCCUGUAACUAAACCACACAGAACCCUGUAUCUAAACCACACAGAACCCUCUAUCUGAACCGCACAGAACCAGACUAAACCACACAGAGCUCAGUAUCUGAACCAGCUAUCUGAACCACACAGAACCAGACUAAACCACACAGAACCCUGUAACUAAACCACACAGAACCCUGUAUCUAAACCACACAGAACCCUCUAUCUGAACCGCACAGAACCAGACUAAACCACACAGAGCUCAGUAUCAGAACCAGCUAUCUGAACCACACAGAACCAGACUAAACCACACAGAACCCUGUAUCUAAACCACACAGAACCCUCUAUCUGAACCGCACAGAACCAGACUAAACCACACAGAGCUCAGUAUCUGAACCAGCUAUCUGAACCACACAGAACCAGACUAAACCACACAGAACCCUGUAUCUAAACCACACAGAACCCUCUAUCUGAACCGCACAGAACCAGACUAAACCACACAGAGCUCAGUAUCUGAACCAGCUAUCUGAACCACACAGAACCAGACUAAACCACACAGAACCCUGUAUCUAAACCACACAGAACCCUCUAUCUGAACCGCCCAGAACCAGGCUAAACCACACAGAGCUCAGUAUCUGAACCAGACUAAACCACACAGAGCUCAGUAUCUGAACCAGACAGAUGACAGAAACCUGAACAAGCGGUCAACAUGUAUCUCUUUCUGUGUGUGCGUGUGCGUGUGCGUGCGUGCGUGUGUAUGUGUGUUUUUAUGACCGUGACUUUUCUCAUACUUGAACAAGGUCACAUGAAUGACAGUACGGGGGAUAUCACCACUUCACUUCUGAACCUUUAAAUGAUCUGAUUGAUCCGCCUCUGGCUGGUGUUGAACACCUGGUUUUAUCUUUGUGUUUGUUUAUACAAACAGUGAAUGCUGUCAGACGACAUUGGUUGGUGAAGGUCCUUGUGCUUGUACUCUGAGACGUAACAAAUGGCAGUUCCGGGCGAGUCACCACCUGGAGAAGUACUGAGAUCACCGGUGUGGCCUUCAGCAGCGUCACUGCUACACGUGUAAAGUGCCUGACCAGUGAUCCUAUCACACGAUCUCUUAACAUCAGCGGUGCUACAUCCACAGCAUGGGACAGAGACGGGAACUCUGUAUUCUAGGUGUUUGGGAAAACUGAAAGCAAAAGUGUUAUUAAAGGUUCAGAUGGAAACAGAGAGGUGGAAUUCCCCUUUAAACUGGUGACGCUCACACACAGGUGCUUUUUUUACUCUAAAUGUUUUAUAUUUAAUUACGCAUUCCUGAAAUUCACCCAUAAGUGUCCCCUGAGCGCCUGUAAAGGACAUGUGUCUGUUUCAGUGCCAUACUUUUAUAGUGCAAAUGUUUGUAACUUUAGCAGCUGAAACCAUGACGGCUUCCAGAAGAAGCCUGCGUGCCAAAACCAUUUCAAGUAUUUCCGCGUCCAUUGAACAAUAUUAGGACUUUAAAAGAAAAACAUAUGAAGUACAUUUUUUUUUAAAUGUAAAUUGCAACAAACUAUUUAUAUUUAUAACAUGCCAUGAAGAGUGUAACACUUCUAAAAGGAACUUUACAGAACCACAUUGUCUCUCCGCAUGUACCAUCUGAUGAUGAAGAAAGAGGGAUGUUUUGUUGUGUGCUGCUGUCAUUAAACUAAGAAACUUUACACACAUUGUACAUGUAAACACACAAAUGUCUGACUAUUAGUACAAAACUCAACUGUACGUUACAUGUUAUUUUAGUCCACAUGUGAAGUAAGCUUUAUUUGAGCCAAAACACUGCUAACUGAAGUGAAAGAGAAAACAUUUGAAGAGAAGUAAAAGCAAUAAAACCUCCUUCCAGAAA